AUGGCAGUCUUUGGACCCGAUUUAACUGUCCAGGAUAACUUACUCGGGGAGGAAUGGCUUCACAAAAGGUUACGUGCCAAAGUCUACCGGCGGUUAGCUUGCUGGCAGAAGGAAGUUCAUGUCUUGCAGAAAGUUGCAAAGUCCUCACAGUUGUUAGAAAUGAGGUUGUACGUGCCAAAACCAUCUUCCACCUUUUCUUUUGCAGUCUCAACAACUUCACUCGCUGGUUUCGAUUCCUUGGUGGUGCAGGUAGCAGAGGACAUGAGAGCCGAGUUGAAGGUUCCGCAUGCUCAUCCCAUAACGAUAAACAUAGAGGAAUACUCCAGAGAGGAAGCAAUCGAGGGAGGAGCCCAGUUUGUUCAUGCCAUGGCCGAUGGGGUAGCCAUGGCUGACAUCCUCCAGCCAGUUUAUGUUCCUCCAACUGAUCACUUUUUCUUUCCAUUGAAUGGGGUCGUAAACUACGGGGCUAAUGAUUUCUUGUUUAGGUUAAAAAUUAAAGCUUCAAUUUUUUUUUCCUUCCUGGUAUUGUAUGUAGAUUUGAGUGAUGAAGCGGUGGGGGUGCAAAUAGAUGCACCUGCUAAAGAUGGUGAAGCUAAUGCUGCACUUCUUGAUUACAUUAGCUCUGUGUUGGGGGUGAAGCGGAGGCAGGUAUCCAUAGGCUCUGGGUCUAAAUCGAGAGACAAGGUGGUGAUUGUGGAGGAGGUAACUCUGCAAAAUGUUUUUGAUGCUUUGGAGAAAGUGUCCAAAUGCUGCUGAUUAAAAAGAAAAGAAGAGAGGUUCAGUGUGCUUUCGUUAACAAGAGAUAUGAUUUACAUGAUCUUAUACUGAACACAAGGUAUUUGGAUAGGACAACAUUCCUUGUCCACGCUGAUGUUUAAAAUACUUUGGUCUGUGGUUUUGUUUCUUCUAUCUCACACUGAAACAAUAAUCUUUUUAUUUAAAACUGUAAGUACAGAAGCUGUAGUGCUACUUAUGAAUAUAAUGACUGAUGUUCCAUGAAUAUUCAAGUUAGAUGCUAAUUUAUUCAUCUUCACCAUGGUUCUU